CAACCUGCACGUUGUUGACUGAUUGGCUCCAAGUAACAGCAGGUUAUUUUGCAUUACUGCAAUCGUUGAUUCUUCUGUCUGAUUCUCAACAUCUUAAACUAUUUAAACCUGCUACAUUUAUUUUUAUUUCAUCACAUCUGCUCAGUUUAAUCUGCAUUCACUUAAUCUUUUGUACUGUACUAGAGUAUCCAUUCAUUGGGCAUCAUGUCAUUCAUAUCUUCUCGGCCUACUUUGAAUCGCUGUAAUAACAAGCUCUUUACUAGACUUCCUUCUCUUCUAUUACUUUUCGUUCUGGUUGCAUACUGCAUUGCAAGUGUAGCUGCAAAUGCCGAUGAAUCCUUGAAUAGCCUGGAUUUUUCUACUAGUAUGGAUGAUGGUUAUGUCUCUGCUGACCAACCAUUCGAUUCUGCCGAGGAAGCAGAUGAGGAGCCGGACAACGAAGACAAGGAAUUCUACUACACCAUGUUGAAUGGUGCUGCUGGCUGGGCUAAAGCGAAUCUAUGGUGGACACUACCGACUAUGUCUGCUUUGUUAACCUUGAAUUUCCUAUUUAUGAGCCAUUCGGUGGGAGUUGUCCUUGGAGAAGAGCAUGUCGUUGUUAGGGCCAUCAAACUGGAUAAGCCUGCUGAUGCUGUUUGGAAACUAAUUACAACACAAGACCAAUAUCCCAGUUGGAGAAGGUCGGUUUACGCUGCAACAUUUGUCAAGCUCAAGGAUAUGGAGAACAAGGUUUUGAUGGAGAAGACGCUGACUGGGUCUACUUUUUAUCAAAUAACUGAGCAGAAACGGAAUCAACUUUGGGUUCGUAGUAUUCAUACACCUUCAGAAACCGAUCACUCAUGGCUCAAGGGUGGAUAUUGGUUUGCUGGGAAAUGGACGUUUGAGUUGGCUCCUCCUGUCAAGGGAGAAAAGGGUUGCAUUCUUUACUUGACAAAGCAAGGCAUUGUCAAAGUUCCUGCCGUGGCAUUCAUCUGGUCCAUCUAUGGCUUUGAUUCUGAUGUUCACUCAUAUUUAAAGGAUCUUGCAAAAGCUCUCGACCAAAAGAAACUGGACAUUGUGCGUCCUACCAAUGGCAAAUUUCCAUUCUAAUAAUGAAUCAUAUUCUUGACCUUUGUCAGCUAUAUUGUCCAGUGCAAGUCGUGAUUACAUUCAUAACAAUAGCAAGUGUGAUUGAAGCAUGUUUCCAUGACAAUCACCCAAUCUUUAAACAAGAGUUGAACAAGUGAUUUUACUAAAACGAAUGUGAAUAUUUAAUUUUCUAUAAAAAAAAUCGAAUGAAUUCCAUGAGUGUUGAACCCAUUUUUCAAUGAAUUUGCAAGCGCCAAUCAUUUCACAAGAUGGCUGUUUAUU